AUGGCCAACCCUCCAGUGAUGAUGCCUCCAAUCAAGAAGCGGCCUUUAAGAUUAUACUUAUUGGCCGCUGAUGAAUCAAUUGGAACACUUCUAGCUCAGAACAAUGAAUGGGGAAAGGAGCAAGAGCCUAGUGCCAAUGUGGACAAAAGAAUUCAGCUUUUGGCACCUUAUUAUAUUUUGAUUGAUAAAGAUCUCUACAGAAAAAAUAAAGAAGAUGGACUUUUGCUAAGAUGUCUAGGCAGGAAUAAGUCCAUGAGAGUGAUGGCAGAAUUAUACCUUGGAAUAUAUGGAGCACAUCAAGAGCAUGGCCCGGUCCAAAGAGUUCCAGCAAUCAACAUGCAGCCGGUAGUAAAAAUAUGGCCAUUCAGAAGGUGGGCUUUGGACUUUAUUGGAAAGUUAACACCAUCAUCUGCAGAUGGCCAUACUUAUAUUAUGGUAGCAACAGAUUACUUUACAAAAUGGGCAGAGGCUAUUCCAUUAAAGACCUUUCUUGAUUAUUGUGCUGAGUGUGGCGUCCAAGUGAUCAGUUCCAUUCCAUAUCUUGCCCAAUCAAAUGGACAGGCUAAAGCUUCCAAUAAGGCUUACAGAAAUUCAAAAAGAUCAAAUACUGGAGUCACACCAUAUAUGCUUACAUAUGGACAUAAUGUCGUUCCUCUAAUAGAAAUGACCAUAAGGUCUGCAAGGGUGGCUUUCCAAAAUAAGCUUACUCCAGCAGAUUAUGACCAUGCCAUGUUGGUAGAAUUAGAAGACCUUGACGAAGUUCGUCUUAAUGCCUUAGACCAUAUUAUUGCUCAAAAGAGGAAAGUCAUGCGGGCAUACAACAAGAAGGUUAAGGCAAACACAUUUGUUAAAGGAGACCUGGUAUGGCAAGUCAGAUUUCCACCAGGAGUUAAAAAUAAGGAAUAUAGAAAGUGGACCCCUAAUUGGAAGGGUCCUUACUUGGUGGAACGAGUCCCUGGAAAAAAGGGCUUAUAG